AUGCCCCCCGAGUCCAUCGACAGCUUCGGCACCCUAGUCAGGAGAUUCACCGUGCAAUACGCGACGAGCCGACCUCAUCACGUCACUUCAGCCGCCUUGGCCAGUCUCAGGAAAAACGACGACGAACCACUUCGGGCAUUCAUGGAACGGUUCGCUGCCACCUCGAUCAAGAUCAGAAACCUGAAUCCCGAGGUCGCCCUACAUGCCAUGCUCAUGGCACUCAAACCCGGGCCAUUUGUCGACAGCCUGUGUCGUGAAUCCCCCCGCGACAUGGACGAGUUCCGCGCCCGCGCUUCUUUGACCGAGAGGGUUUUUAACGAGGCACAAAAAAACGAUCAAUAA